GCCCUGCUGUGAUUUAAUCACAGCAGAGGAUCCGCUCCCGAAAAAAUAUUCGUUCUAGAUAAGUACGGCAUGAGAGGAAUUUCAGUAUCUACCCUUAAUUGAUUCCCUCUGUUUUUAUUCAUUCAUUUUUCCUUUGCUCAUUGAAACACGCACGCACGCGAUCGAUCGAUAGUUGAAACAGCUUUGAACUAGCUGCCUUCCUUAGUGUUGUGGCAAGGAUAUGUCAGGUACUGAAAGAGAACAAGGGGAGAUUGUCAUGGAGGAUGCUGAAAAGUCCCUGCCAACAGCACAGAAGGAAGAGGCAGUUGUGAAGAAAAAAUAUGGAGGAAUGAUGCCGAAGAAACCACCACUUAUUUCUAAGGAUCAUGAACGAGCCUAUUUUGACUCAGCUGAUUGGGCAUUGGGAAAGCAAGGUGCAGGGAAGCCUAAAGGACCACUUGAGGCUCUCCGGCCAAAGUUACAGCCUACACAGCAGCAGACACGUUACCGCAAGUCUCCCUAUGCACCAGCAGAAGGUGAAGGGUGUUUUGAGGGAAAAAAUGUCUUUGUGGCUGGCGGAGGUGGUUAACGAAAUCUAGUAUCUUGUGUAGAAGGACAUACACCGCCAUCGGAAGAUGCAAGUGCAAAUGAAUGAGAAGCAAACGCUAAUCCAUCUGGUAGGAAAGUUCCUCCAACAUUACCUGCAUCCCAUCAAUUAGUGAAAUAAAAUGUGAAAACAUGUUAUACUAAAGAGAUGAAUUGCUUGCUGCUGUAAUUUGAUGCUUUCCUGAUCUGUGACUGCUGUAGACUAUUUUAGCUAUCAAUUCUAAAUUUCUAAAGUCA